UGUGCAGCAUGCGCUGAUGGAUUGUAGGUUGCAGAGGAAGACACUAAGGGACAAAUUGUACAGUCUUGGUAGGGGAUGGAGUUUAAAGGCAAUUUUAGGGAAGGGAGAAAACAAUAAAGAAUGUAGCAAGGCUCUAAUGGGAUAUCUUAAGAUCACUGGUUUAAUACUGUAGGUUUUAUUUUAUUUAUUUUUAUUUAUUUAUUUUUCUUGUUUUUCCUUUUGUUAUGUGUGGUUUUGUGUAAAUACAUAUUUGACAUGUACUGUAUAUACCAAUAUAGUCUGUAACCGAAGUACUCACCCUGAGGAUACACACUCCAGUGCAGUAGGUGGCGGUAUGCACCUAUAACGUUGGUUGCAACCCGCCUUAAAGUGAAGAAGAAGAAGGAAAAUACGAAGGAAGAUGGUGUUUGAUAGAUAAGGCCUAAACAUGGGCAAUAUAGUUCUGUAUUUUUAAUCAGUACAUACAUGUGCACAUAUAUGUUGUUUGAUAGAGUAAACAUAGUCAGUAAUUGUUUGUAUCCGGAUACAUUAGUCUUAGCGUCUUUUGACGCUUCUCGUGUUUGCUAGUUAACCUAAGCUAGCUGUUAGCCAUCUUAGUUUGCUAGCUUAGCUUGUUAGCUGCUAACAAAGACGCGACAUAUUCCUUCAAUUUUGCGCGUAUUAAGAACACAGAACUAGUUAUCAACACAUCGCUAAGCAGAGAUCAAGUGUGAGUGUAAAGUGUUGUGAUUGUGUGAAAAUGUACGAGGAGGAACUUUGUCCAACAAAAGAGGAGAAGGAACGACAACAUCAACUACUGGACGCUGUUUUCGAGAAACCUCAAGUUGUGUUACACAGAAAAGACGUCUGUGAAGAACAUCUUCACCCUGAGCAACAGAAGUGGAGCAUCAUGAUGGUGAUGGAGGAGCCACAGCCCUCCCACAUUAAGAAGGAAGAAUACCCACUGAUCCUACAUUUUAAAAAGGAAGAGAAGGACCCACUGACACCCCAUUAUAAAGAGGAAGAGGAGGACCCACGGACACCUCAUUUUAAAGAGGAAGGGGAGAACCCACUGACCCCUCACAUUAAGGUGGAAAAGGAGGACCCACUGACCCCUCACAUUAAAGAAGAAGAGGAGGACCCACAGACUCCUCACAUUAAGGAGGAAGAGGAGGAACAACUAACCCCUCACAUUAAGGAGGAAGAGGAGGAACGACUAACCCCUCACAUUAAGGAGGAAGAGGAGGAACACAGCAUCAGUCAGGAGGGAGAGCAUCUUGAAUGUUUGGAGGACUUCCCAGUGACUGGUGUGAUUGUGAAGAGUGAAGAUGAUAAGGUCAAAGGUGAGAGUGAGGAGAAGAGAGAGGCAGAGCCUCCAAGCAGCAGCUCAACUCAACACAUGACAACAGAAGCUGAUGGAGACCACUGUGGAGGAUCACAAGCAGACAAGAUCUUAGCUCCACUAUCAGAUAGUGACGACACAACGUCUCACUCUCCUGACACUGAUGAUGAAGACUCUAAAGAUGAUAAGACAUGUCACACUGACAACACACGCUUUAAAUGUUCUCAGUGUGACAAAACGUUUAAAUACCAUUGGGAUCGGAAAGUACACAUGAGAACACACACUGGAGAAAAACCUUUUGCCUGUUCAGUCUGUGGUAAAGGUUUUACACGAAAUCGUGAUCUGAAAAGACACACAAGAAUCCACACUGGAGAAAACCCCUUUUCUUGUUCAGUCUGUGGUAAAGGUUUUGCGGGAAAAAGUGAUCUGAAAAUACACACAAGAAUGCACACUGGAGAAAAACCCUUUUCCUGUUCAGUCUGUGGUAAAGGUUUCGCACGAAAUAGUCAUCUGAAAAUGCAUACAAGAAUCCACACUGGUGAAAAAUCAUGUAUCUGUUCAGUCUGUGGUCAAGGUUUUAAACAAAAUUGUGAUCUGAAAAGACACACAAGAAUCCACACUGGAGAAAACCCUGUUUCCUGUUCAGUCUGUGGUAAAGGUUUUGCGGGAAAAAGUGAUCUGAAAGUACACACAAGAAUGCACACUGGAGAAAAACCCUUUUCCUGCUCAGUCUGUGGUAAAGGUUUUGCACAAAAUGGUCAUCUGAAAAGACACACAAGAAUCCACACUGGUGAAAAAUAAUUGAUCUGUUCAGUGUGUGGUAAAGGUUUUGCACAAAAUGGUAAUCUGAAAAAAAACACGCAACAAUGCACACAGAGAAAAAAACCCUAUUCGUGUCUUGUCUGUGGUAAAGGUUUUGCACAACAAAGUCAUCUGAAAAGACACAAAUUGCACACUGGAAAAAAAAAGUUACCUGUCCAGUCUAGGGUAAAGGUUUUAUACAAAUUAAGACUCUUAAAGUACACUGGAAACAAACCAUUCGCCUAGAAGGCAUUAUUGAUAAUGCAGAGCAGAAAGCACACUGGUGAAAAUCCUUUUAUCAGCUCAGUCGGCUUUAAAUGUGUCAUAUACAGUCUAUCUUUGAAAAGACACAUUAAAACACACACACACACACUCAAAAAAAAACCUUUAGUUGCAGUGUGUGUGUGUUUUUGUUUGGUAAAUGACAGACCAUGAGAGAUUAUCAUCACACUUCAACAUCUCUAACAUGUAAAUGAUGCGUCUUUCCUAGAUUAGCAUUGUAAAUGUAAAUAUGUUCUUAAUUGUUUUACCCUGGAUAAAUAAAUGUUAAAUAAAUACAUGUAAACUAAGAAGUAAGUGUUUCUAUAUACUACAUUACCCAAAAAGGUUAGUGCUGUAGACAGGAACAGGAAGUAGGUUUGAGUUAUAUUGAAAUACAUUU